GUGAGCAUCUUGAAUGGUCAGAGGUUUCAAGAGUUUUGUGAGACGCCUUUACAACGACCGAAAACUUGACAUCUAACUAUGGUCUGCAGUGGCGAAUGAUAGAUCGUCAACUUUCGUAGAGCGUGGUCGAUCGAGUAGUUCAUUGAUUACGUGUGGGUAACAGGUGAAGCGACUCGUCAAGAUGAUAAAAUUCUGUCUACUCCUUCAAGCCCUCUGCGGCUCGAGCGGCCUGCAACGCAACUUUGUGUCUCAGCUGAGAAUGUGUCUUCUCACCGUCUGCGACGGAAUUUUAGAAUUUCUUUCAGCCUACCACAGCUUUCUGGAGAGCUCCGUUCGUGGCGACCCUUGUUCUACACGUCAUGAUUCUUUAAGUUUAGUCUGCUGAGCAUGUUCAGUUGCUGCCGUCGUCGGCAUUCGAACUUAUCGAAACAGCUCAAUUUGCUUACUCGUAGCCAGCUCGAUGAGUACAUCUCCACGUCGAUCCUCGGAGAUUGCGACGAAAAUUGACAAACAUAACUGCGAGCCGGCCUUCGUCGACCAAAGCGUCAUCGCACAAUUCUCACGGCCAUUGAAAAGUCGAUUUUAUUCGGGAGGUCAAGCGCAGCGCUCUUGGUUGAUUCGUGUCCGAACCAAAAUUGUGGCCUGCCUGGAAGGCUUCGAGAAGGAGAGAAAAGAGAGACAGAAGGAGAGAAAAGAGAGGCAUAUGUCCUCUUGAAAAUCAGAGUAGAUCAGAUAUUUUUGGCGUCGUUCCUGUAGGAUGACGCUCCCAACAUACGUCGUUAUUCGCAAGAGAUUGAAGAAACUGCGUCAGAUAUUCGUUCCGGACUUGCUUUCGCUUAGUUCUAGAAAUUAGUUUCAACAAAGGCAUGUGCUUCUCUGUACAUUUGGUUUGCCAUCCGCUACCCUAUGUCGUAUCGUGGUGUAUCUUGAUCUACAUUCUGGCUCCAACUUUGUAAAAUCGGGAUUGAAUAACGAUCUCUUUGAGGUGACCGU